UUGCCGACGACGGUCGAGCGCCUCCGAUCGAUCAACAUUUUGUUGAUAAAUUUUUUUUGCCGUGUUAUAUUGAGUAAAUCAUUGGAGCAAUCAAUCCGAAGAUAAUGCGGCAGAUAGAAUGCCGUAUGAUCCUCAUAGACUGGCGUCACAUUCAGAUACGGACAAAAAUGCGGGCACUUGGAAAUUCAUUGACUGCUCCGUAGACCGUAAGGACGACGAAAAAGACCUCAAAGACGAUGACGGCAGAACAAGAAGAAAAAGGAAAGAGCACCUCGAGUAAAACCAGAAGAAUGCAAAAUAAGUGAUCAUGUGAAUACUCUCCCUGUCUCAAUGGAGAUAAAUGUAAUUAACACCCACACAAUACGGCAAAUAAUUACAAUGAGUGAUUACAAAAAUUAAAAUUGGAAAUUGAUGAUUUACCUGCGGGAUUCAAAACUCUGGGAUUAAUGUAUCUCGAGGACUCUGCAAUGAAGCUCGGGGAUAAUAUGACAACAGCUGAACCGUGCAAAGUUUGGAGAGAUGUCCGUCCACGGAAAACCCGACCGCCACGAAUUGGAGAAAUACCGAGACACGUAGCAGUUGACGAAGAGUCUCCAGGUUCAUCCUCGCGGCGUCUCCCAGGGACAUCACCAGAAACGACAAACUCUCCUCAGAAUAUAUCCCCAGGAUCUCCAGGGAUCACUGAAACCACUGGGAACCGAUCGUCGCGGGGUAAUAGUCAUCCAACACCUGAGGAGUCCCGGAAGAACUCAAGAAGUGGUCGAAUAACACCCGAGAGAAUAGUCAAUGUUGAUAAACGAGUGGAGAGAGAAAUCACAGUGGUAACCGGCAGUUCCAAUUCGCCGGAGGUGUCGAAUAUCAGUAACCAGAGGAGUGUAAUUUCCACGAUUCUGUCUGUGAGGGACAAAUUGUCAGGUAGCAUUGGUACCCUCAGGGAAAUACCGAGUGCCGACGUGAAUACGAGACUAAAGUGGGGGAGUUGCGUCCAAGAUAGUUGGCACCAAGACUCCAUCGAAAGCUUCCCUGAUUUAGACUCCAGGAAGGACAGUGCAGUGUGCCUCGACGAGGAUCUCACAGAUUCACUGCCUCAAACAGAAGACCAACCCGGAUUGAUCCCAGACAUAUGGACACGAAGGAUUCCCUCAGUGACUAGUCCUUGCCUCCAGAAGGACAAUGAGAGCCUUGACGAGGAGCCACUUCACCGGAAAUUAUUAGAAAAGUACAGGAGACCCCGAAGAGAGAGCAGCGGUUACUCCAGUAAUUUGAGUACCUUCGAUGAGGACAGGAGGAACUCAACGACCGAUGCCCACCAGGUCCUAUUAUCUCUGCGUCGAAAAUCGUCGACGAAGCGAUUCACGAGAUUUGGAAGGGACGACGAGACCGAUAGAAUGCCAACGACGGAGAUUUAUCGAAAAGUCUCCGGGGCGGGUGUCGAGAUGCCAAAUAUCGAGGAGCUCAAGGAGAUUCGCGAUAGUUUUCAAGAUGACCUCAAGGGGUUGACUAAGCUCGACGCAUUUCCUGAGGUACCAGUGCUAAGGGAACGACGACGUUCCACCAAGAAAUCAAUAUUCGACAAGUUCGAUGACAGCGAAACAGAGAUGUGUAAGAGAAUCAGUGGAAUUGCUGUGGAGAUGCCAAAUAUCAACGAAGACAGGGAACCAAGUGACGUUGAAAGAGCGAAACAGAUGAUAGGAACUCGAGAGCUCGUUGACAGACUUUCGGAGACGACCCUGACCGCCACUGAACCCCUCCGGAAUCGAUCAGGUGAAGAAUUAGUUGUGAAAAACCGUUGUCCGACACUGGAGCACUCGACACCACCAGAAGCUGCGCGAAUACCGAAGCACCACGAAACCUGUGAUAAAUCUAGUUCCGAUGUGACGGACCUCCAAAGUCAUCAGAGAAGAAUGAAACUGACAACGAGAUCUGAGAGUAGUCGGUACCAGGAUGAGACAGCCAGUCCGAGAAGUCGUCAGAGAAAGCGAAUGGUGCAUCAGUUCAGUUCCCCGUGCUCGUCGACUCUGGAGCUGGAGAGAAUUCCCGAGAAGCCAUCGGAGAAUUCACCGGAAGCUUCCCAGAAUAGUACGAUAAUCCUCGUCAACUCUGUGGGAUCUUCAGAGGAUAGAAGCGAGGAGAAUGAAACGAGGCAUGACGAGGCUCACGAUGCAAGAAGAGCUCUCCCCAAGUCCAUCAAAGUUUAUCAACUCCUGUCGACGCAGUCUGAGGAUCGAGGGGAUGGCGAGCCCCGACUAAUGGACAGGCGGAUUUCCCUCCAGAUAACUAGGCAAGAGGACGAAUCCGCUACUCUAGCUUCGCCAGAGGACAAAAGACUUCUUCAUGCUGAUAGUGUUCCUCUGCUGGAAAUUCCUACGGCAGAUGAGCACGAAGCUGUUCAUGUACAGUCGCUGGAUGUGCGGAGAUUGUCACCGGUGAGAAAACUAUCGUCACCUGGUGAAGUCGGUAUCACACAGCGAUUAGUCGGGGACAAUGGAAAUGUGGGAAUCAGACCGAUUUAUCCUUACUGCCCUUAUUCACCGUAUGGCAGCCCUCAGGGCUCACCGAGAACUCGGAGAAGACCUCUCAGGGAGAGUCGACGGGUUUCCAUUGACAAUAGACAAGGCGCACUGCAACUUAAUCAAUACAAGUUGCUUGAUAAUAUAGGCCAGGGCUCAUUCGGAAUAGUGAAACUAGCUUACAACGAGGAGGACGAGACGCAUUAUGCAAUGAAAAUACUGAGUAAGAAGAAGUUGAUGAAAAAAGCGGGAAUAUUUGGUCGAAUGGCGCCGGGGAGGAAAGGGGCAUCCAACCCACUUGCCAAAGUUUACCGGGAGAUAGCAUUGUUGAAGAAGUUGGAUCAUCCAAAUGUGGUGAAACUUGUUGAGGUGUUGGACGAUCCCGACGAGGAUAAUUUAUAUUUGGUGUUUGAGUUGGUGCAGAAGGGCGAAGUACUACUAUUACCAACGGAUAAACCCCUGGAUGAGGAAACAGCGAGGAAGAAUUUUCGAGACGUGGUCAUGGGAGUGGAAUACCUGCAUUACCAGAUGAUUGUUCACCGGGAUAUAAAACCGAGUAACUUACUGGUUGACAGCGAGGGACAUGUGAAGGUCGCAGACUUGGGUGUAAGUGCAGAAUUGAGGGCAUCCGGUGAACUUCUGUCUGGUUCAGCUGGAACACCAGCAUUUGCUGCCCCUGAAACCACCACCCCAGGGGCUCAGUAUUCCGGAACAUUGUGCGACGUGUGGUCUAUGGGUGUGACUCUGUACUCCUUGGUAACCGGAAGAGUCCCCUGGGACGGAUCAGGAAGUAUAAUAGGUGUCCAAGCUGCAGUUCGUUCUGAGCCGUUGCGCUUUCCUGAUAAGCCCGCGUUAUCAGACGAUUUACGGGACUUGCUAUCGCACAUGCUCGCCAAGGAUCCGGCAAUGAGGUUCACAUUAGACGAGAUUAAGAACCACCGGUGGCUGACCAAUCAUGGAAAUGAACCACUACCCACCGAGGCUGACAACUGUCGACUUCCGGUUACAGUGACUGAUGAGGAAGUUGCUCGGGUUGUGACUAGAGUACCAAAACUCGACACACUCAUUCUCAUCAAGACAAUGCUGAAGCAGCACAGCUUCCAGAAUCCAUUUUUACCGAGGAGAACGGGAAAACCGCCGGUGUGUGAGGGAAUCUCCGGUUGUCUGAAGGCCGCAGCCCCAGGUAAUUGUGAUGGAGCUGGAGUCAGAGAGACCACGAAGAGCAGAACUGAACAAUUUCAUAAAGCCGGCAGAAGCAAUUCCGCACCAGAUUCAUACGAGUGGCAGACGAAUGGAAGGCAAGUGUCGAUCGACAUGUCACUGCCACCAUUGACAGAAGCCAGUGUUCAAGAAGUUGAAGUCGAGAAACGGUGACGUACAACACUCUCCAUUGACUCAAAUGCUAUGAGAAAAUGAUAGGGUUAACGAAUCAGUGGGGACCAAUCAAUCGUUGUUUGAUACAUCAAUUGUUCAACACAAGUGGGAAAAAAUGACAAAUAGUUUGUACGAACCAAUGAAAAUUCAGCUUCCAGAUUUAAGAUAUCGAUUUUAGGACUGCAGUGAUAGUCUCCCGCAGGUACAUGAGGAUGUACGUAAUUCGCGAAAAUACAUAAUAGCGAGAAUACGUUUAUAGCCGGAAUCUUGGGAACUGGGAACUGGAAGAUAAUCUGGAGUGGAAAAAUCUAUUUACUUCCAAACUAUAGAAGUGAUUGAAGUGGCACGAAAGUAGUUGGAAGGUUGAGUAAAAGGGAAUUAAACUUUUUAUCGUCACGUUCAUCGACUUUCGGUGAAAAACCACCACUUUUUUUUGUUCUUUACUCGUUGGAUCAGAUGAAUGAGUCUAGAUGAGCGGAAUGAGGAAAAGAAUUGAGCUUGUGGGAUUUUAAUGAACAAUUUAUCAAAUUUUAGAGGACCAAUAAUUCGAUAUUAUUUUUGUCACUCUGUCCGUGAGGUGAUGUUUAAAAGCCUGUCGACGGAUUGAAUGACAAAAAUUAUUGUUCGUCACUCGGCCGAAAUUAAUUUUUCUGAUGAUUGUGUUUAGAUUCUUCGGCUUCAUCUCGGAUUCGCCUCACAAUCGCCAGAAAAAUUCCUAAUGGCCGUUUUAAUUCAAUAGCGAAGUUUUAGUCGUUCUCUGAAAAUUUUCGGAAUUAAAAAUCGAUUAAUUGCAAGAAUUAUGCCAGGACUCAUUAAUUGCGGAGAACUCAUUAAUUGAUUAUGAUUUUAUUUUAGUUUUGUUUUAAAUCAUUAGUUUCUACAAUGAUGAUAAAAUGAAUGAACAAUCGCUAUUGAAUUGAUUUGAUAUUGGAUAAAAGGGGUAAAUAAAAUAUAAAUGUUUAUUGCCAGUGAAUUGACAGUUAUCGCUCUAGCAUUCCAAAUGUUUAAGGUAUUUAUCUGCGAAAUGAUAUUGUCUAUUUCAGAUUUUACCAAUUGAAUGAACUUCGAUCGUUCCUCUUUUAUUGAAUGUUUUUCAGUUGAAAUCCACAGGGAGAGAAAAAUACAGGAAAAAUUACGUGACUAGUCACGUAAUCGUGGGCGGAAUCAUUGUGGAUACCAAGGGAGGUUGCAAAUUAUCGAACAAAUUUUGCCAGGAAGCAGGGACGGGGUCGGAAAAAUAUUGAAAAUUCGAAAAAUGUAAAAAAUUUAAAUGUCGAGGAAAUUGUAGCAAAACUUACGCCUCACGUUUAGAUUUCAAACAGUAAUUUUUAUGGAACUUGUUACGUACUUUUUUCAUUAUUUUUCUCUCCGUAUAUUAUUUUUCAGAUUCUAAAGGCAAAUGUAAAUAUAUAAAUACGAUCUAGUUGUUGUUAUUAAUUACAAAUUAAACCUGAAAAUGUAGCUCAAUCGAGCUAAACUUGACGAGUCAUAAUUCGCUUGAUCAUUCAUAAAUUUUUUUAUCGAUUAAUUAAUCAUUUUAGAUAGAAAGAUGUGUUUUUUCUUUAAAAAAUAUAUGUAGUUCAAUGUUACGGGGUAAUAAAAUGAGAGCUAGAGUAAUUGUACAUGCAAUUAUUCGUUCAAUAGCUAAUUCCAAUCGGCAAGUAUUGGUGGUCAUUGGGUGAAUCAUUACUGAGACCUAGGGGGACCACACUAAUUAGAAUUUAGUCGCGUUAAUGAAUAAUGUACUUUACAAAUGAUAUUCCCAAUUCAUACCACCACUGCGAUAAAAAUGAUAUUUUAUCUCCUAAGAGAUGAAAAUGAUUGAUGAAAAUUUAUCUAAUCUCGACCAAAAUAUUCACAAAUCUAUAGUAAAGAUUCUUCAUUAAUCAAUCAAUCCAUUUUAUAUUUACCUCGAGGUGUGAAUGAAACUAGUUGGGUAGAAAAAGGCUGUAUUGAUAACGCAAUUGCAAAAAAAUCAUUAGAAUCUGCGUUGAGUGAGACGUUCAUGUGAUAGACAGGGUUACUACCACGUAAACUUAUUUACGGGACUUAAGGAUAGAAUUAAGAAUUAAAGAUUAUUUACAAAGAAUUAUCACGGAAAUUCUAGAUAUUGCGCGGUACUUAAAACUCGCUUCAUUGAAUUGUUCAUUCUUAAUGCACGCAUGACAUUCUCCGGGAAAUUCUAUUGAAAUACUUCAAGUUUUCUUCAAAAAUUCUUCCUCACUAUUACCUUCUAUUUUUACAUUGAAAUAUCAAAAACUGGAAAGUGCCAUGAAACUUCAGAUAGAAUAGGAUUUAUCUUUGAAUUUUCUCGUACCUAGAAAAUUUAAUUUAUUAAUCUUCCACUAUUGACUGACUUAUCGAGAUCUCAUUGCAGAUAUUGAUGUAGUGAGGUAGAGCGUGAGAUUUCUAAGCAGUAAAUUUGGGGCCAGUACAUUUUUUAAUGACUAAAAUUCAAUUGCUUGCGCUAUUGGCCCAAUCGUUAGCGAUAGAUUCAACUAAAUCAUUUGUUGGAGCUAGUGCAAAGUCGUCUCAUGACUCUUGAUGAUCACAACAGAUAAAUACUUACCAAAUGAUGCACAAAAUAUUUUAUAUAUUCUACGCACUCCUUCGAAUUUCAUAGUUCAUCGACUUCAGUACGCACAUUUCAUUAUUUAAGUGUCGUGAUAUAGAUAUUAGACUUUUCGAUAUUUAAUGAGAAUUUUUCAAUCUCCAUAAUCACGUUCUUCUACUAAUUCAAUUCGUAGCACAUAAUCGACAAUCAAUUAUUCAUUCUGUGAGGUAAUUAAAGCCAAAAGAUCGAAUGAUGACGGUAGAAAUGAUCACUCUAAUUCAUACAACGUGUAAAAAAAAUUCUUACUUUAAUUGAAAAUUGUAAUGCAGUGUAUAAUGAAUAAUAAUUCUUCUCA